AUGGCUGUGCAACAGUGUCUGGGGAUUUUUCACUCUGUUGUAUUGAUUGCAGUCUUGACAGUGUUUCUCUUUCAAAUUACAAAUGUUUCCCCCACCGAGAGUCCACAGGAAAUCGAUAGAAAACAGAGAAGCCAAAGUUCCUCCAAAGAUUCUACCGACCAACCUUCAUCUAGCCUCGAGAAUUCCAAAGUAAGCCUUUUUUUUGUUUUCUAUUUCAUGAAGGAAGUUUGGUCAAGAUCUAUUAUUUUGCCGAAGUAUUAACUGAUGGUGAACGUGCAGAACGCGUCGUGUCAGUCAUGCUCUACACGAGUCUUGUUCCACCUUGUUCCCACGCCCAGGUGAACUUAGCGUAUCCAAUCCGUUGCGUCUACUAAACGUAAAUUUUGUCGAAAGGAAAGCCAUUGCGUCGCGGAGAUUUUGUCAACGGGGCUUCUUUUUCGAUCUUAGAUAUCACUUGGCGGCAGAGAUGAGCUUGAGAUGUUUUCACGUAGAGCCUGCAGUCUUCUAUUUUUGGCUUGCAACAACUUUGCCUCCUAUUCUGAAAAAGCCGCGCAAAGAUAAGAAAACUAAUUGAUAUGUUUUUCUUUUCCCAAAAAAUUCUGUAUCAUGGGCAGUUAAGUUUUAAAGUUAUGUUUAGGUAUUUUUGUUUAGAUUUCACUGUAAUUGUCAGUCUGUUCAGUUCACGGUACCAGAUACAGUAUGAUGUUUAACACAAGCACUUCGGAAGUUAGAUGAUCCUUUAAUGCCGCUGCAUUCGUAAUGCUUAGGAUAUUUUGAAAUUAACGUGAAGCGGUCCUUUUAAUCAACAGCGGCAGAAAAAAAGGACGGUAUUUGCCUCCGAUAACCUUUGAUAGACAAUGUAAAUAUCUACGUUCGUCUUGCAGAAGUCGUUUAAAAAAUAAAUUGUACAUGUAUUUAUAGAGAAACUGAAAAGCCGAUCUUUUUCAGAGAGUAUUCUAAAUAAAAUAGUUACUGGCAAUAAUUAUGGUUGGUAUGGUAUGCAAACUCAAUAAAUAACCACUCAUUUCGUGAGGCUUUCUGCUGAUCUAUUUACAAGCUAAUGCUUAUGUUACUGUAUUUUCUAGCCUCUAGACUUGAAGGUCUUUGAUCAGACGCUUCGCAUGCAAGAAGGAAUUUCUUGCCCACUGGUAUAUGUCGGUUUUUCACACUACACAAGUGCAGUUAAAACCGAUCAUGACCCUCCUUUUCUUUUCAUUAAAGUCUAAAUAUAUCUAAACUGGGCUAACUGAAAUUACAAAGGCCAACCUUGGUGUCUUACAACGUGGACUAAAAAUGACAAUUUAGGGUAAAAAAGCAACUUUAAUUAUACACUGAUAAAAAAAAACUUACAAUAAUAAGGACAUUCAAAUAAAUGUUCUUCUACACUGUCAGGAGGUAUAAGAGGUUGUUUUCCGACCUUCACUUGCGUCUGCUCGUUGAUGAAUGGCGCGUGUUUAAUUGCUACAAACUACUACUGUGACUCUGUGAAAAUUAUCAACACAGUGUCGGAAUGACACUAUCAAGCCUACACAAACUCGAUUCCUUUCUUUUCUUGCAAAGACUUAAGAGCAUUUUGAUACCAUCUAUAUUUCCAACAACUGUUUUACGGACAUUUCUGCUGGUUUGAUGGAAGAUACUUUAGAAAAGGUGUUAGCUUUAAGGGAGCGUCUGCUGAGAACUGUUGCUUAAAAUAGCUCUCAACAUUCCACCGAAAACAUAAGGAGGUAAUUACGUACGAUCAACUCCCAACAUGAUACAAAACCUGCCAUUGUCAAAAAAGAGACAUUUUAGUACAGGUGCUUGCCUCAGCGCUGGGGGUAGGGUGGGUUUACUCGAAUAAAGGAUGCUAGGAAUGUGACGCUGGAUUCCUGAUUGUUCAGUUUAUAAGUGAUGAACUGUUUUUAUUAUCCUCCAAGCUGCAGGGAGCUGAUAAUGGCUCGAAUGCUUUAAACCCUGCGGAAAGUUGGAACUUCUUCAGAAAGCAAGGCGGCAAAGGAAAGAAGGGAAAGGAUAAGAAACACAACAGAGAAUCAUCCAAGGUAAAUUAAAAACUCUCUCCAAACAGAAAAUUAUUUUUUUAAUUUUCUCAUGAAUUUAUUUUUAUUUUCUGGUGGAAGAAGAUACGGCUAUAAUUAAUAGUUCAAGCUAAUGCAUGGUUCCGGGUUAAUCAACAGUUUUCUCAAUAGGAGAAGGUUAACAGAAGUUACUGAUAUGGUGUCGUUGACAAAGGAAUGUGAACCCUUUUUCAGAUUGACAAAAAAACCGACUUGGGGUCUUUGUUAUAAGAUUUAUCUUUUUUCAGCUGGAGUUAGGAAAAUUUAGGAAAAUAUUUAAUUUAAUAUUUAGUUUUCCAAAAUAACAAGAUCUUACGUCUUCAUCUAUUUACGUUUAAAAUAACUUGCAGAAUCAGUGUGAACCUAGUCCCGGUCCCCCAGGCCCUCCCGGUCCACCUGGACCUGCUGGUCCACCUGGAGCACAGAUCACCGAGGCCACCAUGAUGGCGGAAUUCAGGAGCAUGGUGCAGGGUGAGCGCUGGUUUUAUCACGCUGUUUAUUUCUUGCUAAGAUGGCUUAUUUUAUGGGUUCAGUGCUACUGUUCAAGGAAACUACUCGCUUCUGAUUAACAACACAUCCAGCUGCAUAAUGCUUUCACACAGUCUUGAAAUCUAUGCGUAAACGUUCUUACCUUCCCUGCUUUUUUGUCACGAGGAAGAAUAACUUGGGAAAAAAAAUUCUGUGUAAACUAAAAUCGGAGGGCGGGGGGCGGGGUAUGCUAAAAUGAAAAAUGCUCCUGGUGCUGGAUGACAGUUUCUCACCUUUGUCCAAAACAAUUAAAGUAAUUUCCUCCCUGAAAAUAUAAAGGUUAUACCCACAACUACAUCCACGAGAGCUCGCGACUUUCUCAACGCAAAUUACUACCCAGGAUAAAAGAAAGUCGACGCUGUAAGAUGGGGGGUGGGGUGGGAGUGCAAAGAUAGAGAAAGAGAGACAGGCAGAACAGUUAGAGAAUAUUCAGGCAUUGAAACAUGAAGAAUGACGACAUUUUGUAAUCUGGCUCUUUUGUUUUUAUACAGAAAGUGCAAAUCGUCGAUCAAGACGUAUUGCAGACCAGGUAUGAAGAAACAUUUAUUCUUUUCUCGCACCCUAGUUCACAGACGCUUUUCAGUGACCUCCUGCUCCCAUGACCUGUACACAGCGUACAAAUUAUCUGUUAAGCGGGCUAUGAUCACUCAACGAGACAGUAUUACUUCAUAGAGUGGAACUCUACAACCCUAGUCAAAACGUCUUGGGACACUUGAGGAAAUUAGGCACAAAGACGCACUUUGCGAAAUUAACUUGUAAUCUACCUCUUAAAAAAGCUUGGGGAUGUUGUUAUAAGGGGCUAUUUCUGCUUCCCCCCCCCCUCCCUUCCUCCUCUCCCCCAAGCUGUGUUGAUUGUGUUGAAUUAAAACUUGAAUGCAUAACGUCAACACUACUCCGGGGGGAAGGGGGGAAGGAAGAUGCAUCAAUUUGACGAGCUAUUGCAUUAGUGUCCCAAGAGUUUUGACCAGGGUUGUAGGUAGCGAACUUUUUUAUGUUCUACAGGUAUUACUCCUUUAACUUGUAAUAACUCGUAGUUGUAAUUGGAGCCUUCCCUCCCGAGCGUUCAAUUGUAACUCAACAUGGCUUAUAAAUUAAAAACGAGUAUAUGGCUUUCAAGAUUUUUAAAGUAGAAAGUGUAUUUUCCAACAGAACAUCAGUCUUAUGGCAGCAGGAAUACCUGAUCUCCUCUCAGCGCAUCAUGUUGAACUUCGACAUGACGUCACCAUUGCGAAGAAAUCCCACCAGGAACUGAAAAACUACAAACUGCCUGUAAGUGGAAAUUGUUUGUUCGCUGAUUUCCGGAUCAAAUACUGCUCGUGUAGAGAAGGCAGGCUUUAACAGCAAGCUUUGCAGCUCCUACUCUUUGCGUUCUUGCUCGAAUGAGUUACUUUAAGUCCCGAGAUCUAAGCUAAAGUCUUAUGAUGAUCGAAGAUUUUCUAUUGCAGGACCUAAAUUAUGGAACAGCAUACCCGCAUCUUUAAGGAAUACCGAUUCCUUGGAUUCUUUCAAAAAACACUUAAAAGACAUAUUUAUUUCACCAAGCUUUUUCUUAAUUUAUAAAUAGAUUUUUAUUCAUUUUUCAUACUAAUAUAUGUAGUUGUUAGAUUUUUUAGAGUUUUAAUGCAUUUUUUGUGAUAUUGUAAAGCGCCUAGAACAGUUGAUGAUAUAGACGCUAUAAAAAUAAAGUUUAUUAGUAUUAUUAUUAUUAUUGUUUUACUACUUUCAGUUGACCUAACAGUCCGUUUCAGUUUAACGAGGACACCGUGUUAUUGCGAAAAACAAAUGUUGGCAACAGAAAUUUCUGAUAGUGUUAGGAGAAUAAUUAAUAAACUAGAUAUCUUUUAGCGUGGAUAAGACGCCAGAAAUUUUAUUGAGAAACAACUGUUGACUAGCUGGUGGUCAGAGAGGUCCCUGUUUUAGCCGACUCUGCACCCCCACCACUCAAUUACGCUUCCUUAGCUUUUAGUUCAUUUAACGUGCUCAUUGACCACCCCGACUUUUUGUUGGAUUCUUUGUUUUUACGCAGGGCGACCAUUCUGGCACGUUCGUACGCGGAAAUGAUUUUAAUGUGCGCUCCGGACGAUAUGUCGUCCGGUACAGCGGUGUGUACCAACUCACAGCCAACCUACUAAUAUCACGUGACAGGGAAGCAAAUCUGCGGCCACGUGAUCACGUGAAAGUCAGCAUCUGCAUCAGUUCACUGUGUGAAUUGAACACGUGAGUGAGCAUUCUGAUUCAUCAUUUUUGAAAUUCACUAUGAUGCGCACAAGUGGGAAUCGGGGGUUUUGAUACGAUUAUCUAAAACUGGAUAUUCUCGUAUCAAACGUUCUUUGGACUUAAAAUUGAUUUAGUUGAACAUUCCUCGGUCUGUGUUCACAAAAUUACUGUCCCAGCCCCGUAGAAGUUUAAUUUCACUCGUGCCAUGGGAAUACCUAUAGUACUUGAAUAUUCAGUGAAAAAAUUGGCACCUACAGGAACAACAGGAAUUAAGGCAUUUCCAUUAAUUGUUUCAGAGCUCUAACAACAAUAACAGGAAUGGAAAGCAACAGUCUCCGGUUCACAGUAACAGUCAGUGGCAUGUUGAUGCUGAAGGUAAAAGAAGACAUAUUGCCCUUGAAUGGCUACGCUUAGGAUGUAUAUCUUGUAGUUAAUAUUUUAUUUCAGUUAAAACAAGUUUUGGAGUCAUUUGCGCUUUUCUUAAUAUUAAGUAAGGGGCCAAAGUAAGGUAUAAUUGCUUCCUAGGCAGUACCUAGAAUUCAGUAUUUUUUCGUGUGAAUUGAACUUUCCGUCAGUAGUUUAGCACGAUGUUUUUCGUGGAUUUUCAGCGUGAAUUUGGGCCUUUGUAGUCUCCUCCGAAGCUGUUUGCGGGGCAGCAAAGGAAACUAGGGCCUUUGUGUUAAUUUCAAAAUCAACAUAACUUGCAACAGAAACCGAGUCCGAGGUUUCGGUUUUAAAAACUAGCAACGUCAAUCACAUGACUGUCCGUAUUCAUUAGUUUGUCCCUGCGCUAAAGAGAAAACAUUCGUGUUUCUCUGCGGCCCUUUUUUUUAGUCUUUCUUUCCAGCAACAUGAAAAUCGAUGAACUGAAGAUCAUGUCGUCUUGGAAAGUAAAAAUUGGUUCUGAAUAAUACAAUUUUGCCCUUAAUAUGUAUUGAGACUAUUUUAUUUUCUACUAGGCUGGACAAUAUGUAUCGCUGUACAUCGAGAAUAAUACCAACAAGCCUAUAAACAUCCUGGAGAAGACCUCAUUUUCUGGACUUAUGAUUGGUCGCUAAUAGGAGAUUAUACUACAGAGAACAUCAUACACUGCGAACUGAACUAUAAACCAUUCUUAUUCUUAAGCAUAGUGCUUUAAGAAAAAAUCAAACAACCUACUCUUCUUUAUUUUCACUAUUACUGAGAUUAUAACUAGACUAUAAACAAUAGAAGGGUUGAAAUCAAUUUAUUUCCUUCGGGUUUUUAUCAGGUAUUGGUCUUGCAAGUCACUAAUUUAACGCUACUAAUCGUCUUUUUUGGAGCUAGAAGAUGUAUAUAAACCAGCUCCUGGGAUUACAAAUCUCGUAGAAACUGCAUUAGAUCUGUGCGUGUAAAAAAUUGUUCUUUGAUGAGUCAUUUUAAUAAGAAUGCAUUACUAACUGUAUGUACUGGCGCCCGGACAGGCGCGCUGCGAGUGGAAAUUUGCAGUCUGAGCGACGAAGUAGCCAAGGCAACUACGUUUUCAUAUAUUUUGAACACUUUUGAUUGUUUUUCGUCUCCCAAUUUUGUGUUUAUCAUUUUCCAUUUAUUUCAAAGUAAAAUAGAACCGAGAGAAACAUUUCUGGUACUUAAGUGGGCUACAUCAAAUGUUAUUGCUGUUUUAGGUCAAUUCUGAGGAGAAGUCAUUACUUGGUGCCUUGUUCAUGUACAAAAGGCUGUAGAGUUAUGAUGCGAAGAUCAAACCAAGAUCCAUUAUGGCUCUCGAUCAAACAAUUAUCAUCAGGGAGAACUAGCC